GGCGUCGAAAUAAACAGGAAGCAGCUGAAUAGUGUGUGUGUGCAUAAUAUAUACAGCAGCUCAGUCCUGCUGUAACUCUGCCACAACAUCAUUAAACUACUCUUACUGUAGUCAAACAAAGAGCUUAUCUGCAGUUAGUGGACAGAAAUGGAGGACGGAGACAAAGUGUCCUGCGUACUCUGCCAACUGUCCGAAGAGACGAAGACAACCGGAGCCUUAUCCACUAAAGAUGAAGUCACGGCUCACGAGAACUGUCUGUUGUUUUCCUCUGGACUUUUUUGCCGGAACACUCCCCAGUUUGACGACCUGUUUGGUUUCUCUGUGGAGGAUGUGUUGGAUGAGGUGAAACGAGGAAACAAACUGAUAUGUAACAAAUGCAAGAAGAAGGGUGCCACUGCUGGGUGUGAACUCAAACGCUGCAAGAGGUCAUACCACUACCCGUGUGCUGUUCAAGAAAGAGCUAAGAUUUUUGAGGAUGCAGACCAGGGGAAAUUUGGGCUGUACUGCAUCAAUCACUGUCCAGAUAAAACACAUGAAAACAACGGCUGUGUAAAUGGACAUCCCUCUUCCUCCACAAAACCCCGGACUUCCAAAAAUCCCAGUGAAGCUGGAUCAUCUAAGGUAUUUUGCCUUGCUUGUGAGAAGGUGGAAGGAAAUAUCAGCUUGGAAAGUUUGUCUAAUAGCAUUGCUAUGUUAUAUUGUGACAAACAUGCUCCUACAUCACAAAAGAGGAACACCAAUGGUGAUUCUACAACAGCCGGACGACCGUCUUCGCACGGCAGUGACUCCAACUCAUCCAGCAGUGCGACGGGUUCAUCUUCCAAGAAACGGUUGAGUUUCAGAGACAAUCAGGAAGGGACCCCCUCUAAACAGAAAUGUAAAAGCCGGAAUCUGGUGGUAUCAGACGAUUCUUCAGAUUCAGGUAAGGCUGAACCUGAUUCAGAAAUGGCAAUAUUUGCCCCAUUAGAGACGGAUAUAGAUGACAGUGCAAACUCUGUUCCAGAGCCUAAGUUGAUCAGAAAAGACACGGAGCGUCCCACUGGGUCCGCCUCAGGAAAUCAACUGGAGGAUGAGAACAGAGAUGGAAAUAAAGAUAAAGAUGACACAAUGAUACCUUCAGAUGCAGAGUCAGAGAGUCUGCUGCUUCCUGUGUCUACUGGACUCGCAGUGCCAUGGGCUGCAGUCUCAACUCAGACUGCACCAACUUUACUUCCUGAAUGCAAGACGGAGGUAGAGGUGGUACAGAGAAAAGAUGAAGGGUCCAGUCCUGAGCAGAGUCCUGUCCAUCGUCCUGAUCAACACACGGCUGGACCCCCUGUUCCACAGCAGAGCUCUGAUGGACUCCCUCCCUCUCCAUACCACUCCAAACCUUGCAGUGUUUCCCGCUCACCUCCGUGGACCAGCUCAGCCAUGUCCUCAGCUCCACUUGAACUGAUCUGUGUGUCCCUCCAGUCCUCUCCUUCCACUCCUAUGGAACCUCUCUCAGAACAAGAGCCCAUCAUCGACUCCACCAGCUUCUGGAAAAGCUGCAACGCAGCAGGAUGCACACAGGCCGUCUUCACUGGUUUCAUUAAUGAGAUGAACGAUAUCUCCAGCAGAAUUCAGACAGACCAGGCCAGCCAGGAGGAUUAUGAUUUUGCACUUACAGUGUUGACUGCGUCUGGGAAACUGACAGAGCUUGUGGCCAAGCAGCAGGAAGAGUUGCAAAGGAAACAAAUGGAGCUGCAAAAGGUGACAGCAGCUAUGGAGGAGGUCAUUUCAGCACUGAGGAAAUGAGUCCAUUAGCAGCUACUGUAAGAACAGAUAUCGGUGUUUACAGUUAACUCCUUUUUUUAUCUAUGAUUAUAAUUGUUUGUAUUUUAAAUUACUCAUGUUGCCAUUUUUAGCAUUUGGUACAAAUUGUAUAUGUAUAUUUUUAUUGUUUUUGUCUUAAUAUUUCAGUGGAUAGAGCUGGAUGUGGAAAUGCGAUACUGCACAACUAUUUGGCAUUGAUGAUUCAAAAAGCACUGAAAGAUGGAAUCUGUUGAAUUCUUACAAUAUGAUCUCAGAUUUCAGCCUGAUGCUUUUAGAAAUUAGUUGUAAAUGGUGCUGUUCAAUUUUAAAAAGAUGUCAUACAGAAAUGUGCCAUUGUGAAAUAUUUUGCAUUCAUAAAAAAAGGGGUUUAAUUUAAAAACCUGUACUGAACAUGAAGAAUUGGAAAGAAUAUUUGUCUGUAAAAUGUUCCACAUCCAACACUACGAACUGAACCAAUAUUGCCGGAUUUUCUUAGAUUUUGAAAUUGUUAAAAUAACUUAAAAAAGUUAUAAUAAUAAUAAUCAAGAAAUGUUUGGCAUCCUGAGUGCACAGAAGUCCAGAAGUCUGUUUUGUUUACAUUAUUGAUAAAAGGGGAAUGAAUGUUUAGUCUUAUUGUUCAGGAAUACAUUUUUAUAACAGAGUAAAGUUGAUCGUUCGCAUGAAACAUGUUGGUAUACAUUUCUUUUCCUUGAAACUUUCCUCAAGUCACAUCAGUCAAAUAACUCAUGCCCCUAAUACACAGUGAAUUGAUCCAAUCUUUGAACUAUUCCUACUAGUUAUUGACAAAAUAUAACCCUAAUUGCAAGAUAUUUUUGAAUACUUUUUAUUCAUUUGGUUGCAAAUGUAACAAAAUUUAACUGGCAAUUCAUAAUACUCAGUAUCAAACAAUAGACAUCAUUAUUGGUUUUGAAGUAAAAAUGUCCUGCAUAGAAAUUUGCAAAUAUAAAUUCUUCAAAAUACUCAAAGCAAUAGUGCAGAUGUCACUAAACAACUUUAUAAAUGUUAA